AUGGACCAACUACCGACGGCCAUCCACAUCACUCCCUUCCCGCUCAAACAUGAGAUUCUGGUACACGUCGCCGUCGAAUCCAUGGUGCAGUUCUUCGUCUUUGUUGUGGUUGGGCUUCGAUUGUUUGCCCGCAGCUGCAUGGGUGCUGGCCUCGGUCUCGACGACUACAUGAUCAUCAUCGCCCUUCUCCUCAGUUGCGUUGUCUAUGGCCUUAUGGUUGCUCUACAGGUUGCAGGCACGGGCUAUGAGCAAGUCGAAACGAUGGCGAAUAUCCCAAGCAUCCUCCUCCUCACCUUUAUCACGGUACCCACCUACCUCGGCUGUCUCCUCUUCUCCAAACUUAGCAUGCUUUGCUUUUACCUCCGAAUUUUCGAAACUCAAGCCCCUCGCCGGUUGGUUUUUGGUACCAUGAUCCUCUGCAUGUGUUGGUUUGUCUCGCACUUCCUCGCCAAUGUUUUCAUUUGUAAACCUGUACCUGCUCAGUGGAAGAUGGAGCUGGUAAUGUCCGGUGAAGGAACCUGUGGUGACCAAAUUCCAAUCUUCCAAUCCAUGAUCAUCAGCAACAUGCUUACUGAUCUUAUCAUCAUGAUCCUACCAAUGAUCAACAUGCGCGCGGACUUGACCAAGACGAUGGGUAUCUCGCUAUUUCUGACGACGCUGGAACCGAACUUCGCCAUCCUUUGCGUAUCGAUCCCUAUGCUGCGACCUCUCUACAGGAGCUACCGAGCUCGCUUCGGCUCUUCCGGUGCCACCAAACUAAGCGACGAAGCUACUCACACCAUCGGUGGAAGCGGCGCAUAUCGAUCAGGUAGAUCGAAACAAAACUCGAGGAAAAUGGGUCGCGAUGACAUCACGCUGGCUACUUUCAACGCCGACGACAAUUACACCAAAUAUGACACAAACGUCGAGGCUGGAUCUAAUCCGAGCCUGUCUGCAGAAUCAGACCGGAAGCUGGCUGCACACAAUACCUCUGAUGCUGGAAUCAAAGUCCAUACACAGUGGGAAAUAUCAAGACACAGCAAAUAA